UUAAAAUUCUCUUGAUAUCUAUAUCACCCACAACAAACACUAGCGAUAUCCACUUCUUUCUCUUCUUUUAUUCUCACUCACAUUUCCAUGUAUUCCUCUCUUUCACUCCCUCUGAACCCCAGUCUUCACUUCAAACCGUUUGCUCUUCCCCACACCACUCUCCUCCUCCCAUUUCCCAAACUAUCUUCGCUUUCGCCCUUCAAAUCUCACGUUUGCCGCUCCACCAACCACUCUGACUAUGACCGCGAAGAGAUACGAUGGCUCCGCGAGGAGCAGCGCUGGCUUCGCGAGGAGCAACGUUGGCUCCGCGAGGAACGGCGCUGGGCCGGCGAGCGCGACUCCCUGCUCUGCCAAAUCGCUGAACUCAAGCUUAGAAUUCAACACCUUGAGCACCAGAACUCUACGCUAGGAGGAGGGGCGUCGGUGUCUGAAACUAUCUCGAGUAUUGCGGGGUUGUUGCAGGUGCUGAAGGAGAAAGGUCUAAUCGCGGAGAGCAGUUCGAGUGCGAGCCCGAUGGUGUUGUUGGAGAAGGAGGAUCUGAAGGAGAAGGAGGAGGUGGUCGUGGUGGAUAAGGAGGUGGUCAGGGUUUCGGAGGACGUAGCAAAGAAGACGAGAAAGACGCUGAGGAAGGGAUCGGAAGGAGAUGAGGUUCGAGCGUUGCAGGAAGCAUUACAAAAAUUGGGAUUUUACUCGGGUGAGGAAGACAUGGAAUAUUCAAGUUUCUCAAGUGGGACAGAACGUGCAGUCAAGACUUGGCAAUCCACACUAGGCGCCACUGAAGACGGGAUAAUGACUGCAGAGCUUCUUGAAAGGUUAUUUACGGAGCAACAAAUUGUUGGUGCUCGUUCAAACACAGAUGCAGAUCAGAAGGACAGCAAUGUGUCUGUUUCACCGAAGGUAGGUGCAAAUGGAGCUCCGGUUGCUGCUAUAACUGAAGUUUCAGAGUUUCAGCAGAAAGUUGUGAAUGAAGAAAGUGUUACAGAAGUAGAGGUAUCCCAACACCGAGUUUUUCUCUUAGGAGAGAAUCGAUGGGAAGAACCCUCUAGAAUAGCUAGGAGGAACAAACAAGUUGGUAAUAGCAAGACAAAAGAUGCCACAACAAAGUGCCUUACCUGUCGUGGAGAGGGCCGCUUAUUGUGCACAGGUUACAAAUUUGAACUCCAAGGUUGGGAAUUCUCUUUUGCAGAAUGUGAUGGAACAGGCGAGCCAAAUAUCGAACCACAGUUUCUGGAAUGGGUAGACGAGGGAAUGAAGUGUCCAUAUUGCGAGGGCGUUGGCUUUACAGUUUGUGAUGUAUGUGAAGGGAAACGACAUACAUGAUAUAAUUUCCACCUAGUGCUGCUGUACAGUCAUUUGUUUUCCAGUGAAAAACAUGGCAAACAGUCAAGAAGAGAGAGAGAGAGAGAGAGAAUUAUAAGUCCAAAAAGUGGGAUAUUGUUCUCUAGUUUGCCUUGUUCAUAAAAAUGAGGACUCAAACAAGGUGGCCUGAGUAAUAAAUAAUAUUGUAAUCCCCAUCAAUCAGAAGAUAUGGGAUUGUCGAUCCAAUCCAAAAUUCAGCAGAUGAUAAAAUAAUCUAAA